UAUUGUCUCCAUUCAUCUCUUUUAGACGUCUUGUGUUUUAUUAGUUUGUCACUUCUUUAUAAAUGGGAAAGAUUGAAUUUUGUCGGUAAACAAUAAAAAUCAUUUGGAGAGAGGCAGGAGAGAGACCCAGAGAGAGUGUGGAGGAGGGAUUGAUUUUGAAGGGGGCGAUUGAUGUGGGGUUCCAUUGCCUGCGUCAGUACACGACUUCUUCGCCACUUUCCUCCUCUCCUUCCCCGAGUUUCUUCUUCUCCCACCACACUUCUCACAGACGACGACACCAUCACCGCCCGCUCUUCUUUCGCAUCCUUUGCUUCUCGUUCCAACCCAAACCCAAGUGGUGGCAGAGGAAGAGAUAUGGAGAUGAAGAGUGAUCGAGAAAGAUCGAGAGGUCGUGGAGGAGGAAGAGGUGGUGGCGGUGGCUCUGGUAAAGAUAAGAUUGAUGCACUUGGGAGAUUAAUGACACGUAUUUUGCGCCAUAUGGCAUCUGAAUUAAAUUUGAGUAUGCGAAGUGAUGGGUUUGUGAAGGUCAAUGAUAUCUUACAACUGAAUAUGAAGACAUUUGCCCAUAUCCCUUUAAGAUCACAUACGAUUGAUGAUGUUAGGGAGGCCGUUCGGAAGGAUAAUAAGCAGCGGUUUAGCCUCCUAGAAGAAAACGGAGAGCUUUUCAUACGUGCAAACCAAGGCCACACUGUUACGACAGUUGAGACUGAAAGAUUAUUACAAGCCAUAGUUUCAGCUGAAGAAGUUCCAGUGUGUGUACAUGGAACUUACAGGAAGAAUUUGGAAUCUAUUUUACAGUCAGGCCUCAAACAAAUGAAAAGAUUACAUGUCCAUUUCUCUCGUGGCUUGCCAACAGAUGGCGAAGUCGUUAGUGGUAUUAGGCGAAAUGUAGAAGUCUUGAUCUAUCUUGAUGUGAAGAAAGCUUUGGAAGAGGGCAUGAAGCUCUACAUCUCAGACAACAAGGUGAUCUUGAGUGAAGGUAUAGAUGGUGUUAUACCUGUCAAGUACUUUGAAAAGAUAGAAUCAUGGCCAGAUAGAAAACCCAUUCCUUUUUUGUCUUAUGGAUCAGAUCAAAAACAAGAUUUUUAAUAUUAUUAUUAUUUUCCUUUUUGACCCAUCAAAUGGUUACUUUGAGAAAAUCAAUUGUGAUACUUUUUUGCUCUUUUAAUUGGUACAUGUAACAAUAGCUUCACAUUUGAGCUACAUGGUUAGUUUGGCUCACUUAGUAGAAAUUUGACUUUUAAUGCAUUAAGUGGUACUGUAUAACAAAAUGACACUAAGCUAAAAAAACAUCACAUUUUUAUUCUAGUA